GAGAAGAAUCAGUCAAGAAACUUUUUCUUUGAUAAGAAAUAUAUAAUAUAGUGAUUCAACCCAAAGUAGUUUUUCCUUGGGAAAUUAUAGUACAUAUUGUGAUUCAUUGAACUUCUUAAGUCGACUCUUUUGUGAGUAUUGUUGAUUCAGUAUACUAUUUUUUGAUAAAUAGUUAUGGAAUAUCUCUGCAGGACAAGGCCCUGUAUUGUUGCUGCUGGAAAAAGGUUUCUGUCGGACCCCUCGAAUCCAGACACGUUAAAAAUGCACGCGAAAACUGUGAUAUUAACCCAAUGGAAGUUAAUCAACCAUCUGAAGUCAUUUUUUGCUAAAUUUAACACAGACGGAACAUUCGAAAAGGCACUGAAUAAAGAAUUUAUUGAAUUUUUGCAAAAAGUCGAUCCUAAAACGUAUGGUAAGGACACCAUGAGAUAUUUCUCUUCAGCACUGUCUUUUGAAUCAAACAAAGAAAAAUCUGUGACAGAAACCAAUGGGGAACAAGAAAAAAGUAGUGUGAUAACAUUUCCGACCACCUUUCCCAAUGUUUUCGGAAGUAUAUUUAAGGAUGAACCUAAACCUAAACCUGUGCCUAAAUGGAAGGCCGCUAAACCAGUUAUUUCAAAGGAAUCAGUUACUUCAAGAACAAGCCAGGUUCUUUGUGCUUUAGCACUAGCACAAUCUGAAACAUCCAAACUAGCAAGAGUUGAAGACUUAAUAAGACAUUUAAAGCAAUAUCCAGAGGCCAAGCAUGCUGCAUUCAAAGAAGGCGCGGUAAGACUUUUGCUAAGAAUUAAAAAGAAACACAAAUCAGAAGAUGUACAAAGCGCCUUAAAUGAAGCUUUUGCGUUACUGGGAUAUGCGCUUCCAGUUAAAGGCAAAGGAAUCCGAAUUUUAUCGAUUGACGGUGGUGGUAUUAGGGGAGUCUUAGUGAUUGAAAUGCUAAGAAAACUUGAGGAACUCAGUGGUAAACCUGUGUAUGAAAUGUUCGAUUUUAUUUGUGGGGUCAGUACAGGUGCUAUUGUGGGAUCUCUGAUUGGUUUAAAGCAACACACAUUAGAUGAGGCAGCUGAAGUAUAUAAACGAAUUAGUUCUCAGAUUUUUAAUCAGUCAACAUUUAAAGGGACCAGUAGUUUGGUGUGGUCACAUUCAUACUAUGACACUGAUUUAUGGGAGAAAUUACUUAGAGAACAAUGGGAUAAAUCACUAAUAGAUACUAAUAGAAAUUUGAAAUGUCCUAAGUACUGUGCAGUAUCAGCUUUAGUAAACCACUCCAGAAUUUCCGCAUAUCUAUUUAGAAACUACGCUCUACCAUGCAGAGUACAGUCUCAAUAUCUUGGAAGUUAUGACCAUCAAGUGUGGGAAGCCGUAAGGGCUUCUUCUGCCGCUCCUACUUAUUUCGAGGAAUUUAAAACUGGAAAUAUGAUUCAUCAGGACGGAGGCAUUCUAGUUAACAAUCCAACAGCGAUCGCUAUCCACGAAGCAAAACUGCUGUGGCCGACCACCCCUAUACAGUGUGUCGUAUCCUUUGGUACUGGCAGAACGGUACCGAACCCCAUCGAAAACGCAAUGUCGAACGUUAGCAACAAUACUUCUUGGAAACACAAGUUUUUGGCUAUUUUGGACAGUGCCACUGAUACAGAAGGUGUGCAUGCUAUGUUAUCAGACCUCCUUCCGGAAGGCACUUACUACAGAUUUAACCCUUAUUUGACAGAAAUGCUGUCGAUGUCCGAAAUCGAUCCUGCCAAAUUGGAACAGUUAAAGAGAGACGCGAUUAUGUACCUGAGAAGGAACGAAGAUAAAUUCCAUCAUGCCGCCCAACAUUUAAGUGAGGAAAAGGGUUUUGUGCAAAAGUGUGAGGAUUGGAUGAAUUUACAACGACAGAUUUAUACUUAGGGGUCUAAUAAUAAUAAUAAUAAAUCACAUUGUUUUGAUACUGAUGUGUAUAAGAACUAGGGGUUUCUACAAUUAACUACAUUUCUACUUAUAGUUGUCAUUUUUAUUCUUUUUAUUAUUCUAUAGAUGAGCUGGAUAUCUUAUAUGGAAAUAGUUGUUUAAUAUUGACCAAGUUUAAUAUUUUUAUAUAUUUCUAUUUUUAUGUUAUAGUAGUGUUUUUGUUGUAUUUAAUUUAUAAGUUUUAUAUGAAUAAAGAAAUUGGUUUCAUCAA